AUGUCGGAUUAUACAGGAGCUAAAUCAGAUUCGGGUCACUUUGAUGACGAUUGUUUGUCUGUUUCUCUUAUAAACAGUAUUGUGAAGUUGAUACGUCCGCUGAAAGGCCCGAAAGAGAUAAAACUUCGGGUGGACAUUCAUACCAAGUCACGGACGGGAGCCAUCCUUGCUUACAAUGUAGCCCUCAUCGAUGUAGACGUGUCAAUGAUGACGUUUGGAAUCGGAGUGUGUAGCGUAGCUUUGGUGCUCAUCAUCGGUCGGAGGUCGUCCGACCGAUGUCCUGUUAGAGGGGCCGGCCUGAUUUCGUCUAUUCACUGCUGUCCUUUGCCUUCUGCGGAAGUGCCCAAUAAUACACGACUUGUCGUCGUUGUCAUCCCCGAAAUCAUCGAUUCACUUCUUACAACCGAAGAAGGAAGCAUCAAAGGGGGACGUCACUAA